CUUGAAUUUAUGUUGUUGUAUCAGCAAAACCCUAGUCUACCAUCAAAUCAUCUAUCCGUCAGACGUAGUCUUGCUUUUAUCUCAUUGGAGUGGAUCUUCGGGCUCGUAUGACUGAGGGAUUUGUUGCUUGACUUGACUCGGAAUUUGUAGAAGAUCCAAUUACUCACCCACUCCAUUCCGGAUCUUCCUCGAACAGUUUUUUGAAGUGUGUUGUAGUAGAGCUGUCUCCAAGAUGAUGGAGUGGAUCAAAGUGACCACUCAUCUAGCCCCUAUGCUCAUUCAAGCCGGUUUGCUUAAUCUAGUCUGGACACACCCUGAUCAGCUCCAGAAACCAAUGAUUCGAUGGACCAGAUUAUCUCUAUUACCCAUCAGCCUCAGCUUCCUGCUCUCAGAUCUGUGGAACCUGAAGUACAACUCUCAACUAUCGAUUUUCAUCAAGACAAACUUGGGAUGUACCUUCGGAGGGCACGCCUUCAGAUUAGCCCUGCUUGCCCUCCAACAGCCGGAACCUCAAAAACAAGCCAAAGGACCUUCUUCCGAUGAAAAAUCAACCCCUAAAGCUUCUGUUGAACGUGAACAGUCCGCCCUACAGAACCUUGCCAGCAUUUUCAUGCUUGCCCUCGCUGGCAGCACCAACCCGUCAAAGAAAGCCAAAAUUUCAUCAGGAGUCAAUCAAGGCAUACGCGACGACAUGAUCUUCUUAAUGACAACACUUAGGCGCCUGAUCUUUCUUCACUUUUCGAGUGUUAUCGCACUCAUAUUCUGGAAGAUAACAAACGACGAAAGCCUCACAAUAGACCAACCGAUCCUCAAGCUUCUGGGAAACUAUAAAUCGGAGAUCAGGGCGUUUUCGUGGGGGAUGUUCGUCUGGAUUGGGAUAGAUUUACAAGGAUGUCUCCCAAGGAUAUCGAUGUUUGCCCUCAAACUCAUCAGUCGACUACUAUCAAACUUUGUUGCCCUUCCAAAGAUGAUGUCCAAACAACUCGAGAAAUUUAAGCAGAUCGAUCUUAGUCAAGCCUUCCCGUUUUACUACAAAAACCUUCCCCUUGGAGCGUCCAGUUUGACGGAUUUUUGGAGCAGACAUUGGCACGAAAUUUUGAAAGACCUUUUCAUAGAAGCUGGCGUCGCUCCCGUAACGUACGUGUUGGUCUCGUUUCUCGGAUUCCAAGCGAAAUCCACAUUCGUUCGAAUCUCUGGAAUCAUGGGCGCGUUCACGAUUUCUGCAGUGCUGCACGAAGUUGGAAUCUGGGCGGCUGGCCCACUCGAUCCAACAUUCAAAACCUCGAUUUUCUUUUUGAGUCAAGGAGUUGGAGUUUGUCUCGAAAACGGAUUCAAGAAGAUAUCUGGCCGAAAGGUGAAUGGAUUCCUCGGACGGAUAUGGUUGCUCACUUGGCUAGUCUAUUUCGGCCAGCCUAUGGUAUCAAUUUGGUUGGAAAAUUUGGGAUUUAAUCAGAACAAUGUUUUCAGGAAAGUUGACGACAUCGGUUUAUUCAGAUUAAUGUAUACCCCAUUCAUUGUUCCAAAACUGUUGAUGUUUUAGACAAUCAUUCUCCUACCAUCCUUCUUUUCUGAUCUCAUCUUUUUCAAUAUCUCUGUUUGAAAAUUGAUACACAUUGGUGAACCUGUUUUCUCCUUUCUUCCUCUGCAUAUGACUGAAUGUUCAUGUUACGUUUCCCAUUCGCCUCCCAUUACCUAUGCCCUGCUUUAACGUUGAUUGAUUGACACAUGGAUUGAAUCCGAUCAUCACUUUUAGCACGUUUUCUUCUUACCUUGUGGGUCGGUGAACCCUCCCUCAGCUGCUUCCAUUGAACUAUCAACAUAAAUCACUGCAGGUCCUCUCGUGCCAAAAAUUCCGGCCGAACAUCCAAACAUGAG